ACAAAAACGAGAAGUGUGCCUGCAGAGAGGGAAAGAAAAAGGGUUCAACCAAUUCAUACAUCACGCAUUCCUUCCCAUCAAACCCACUCUAAAACUCAAACCUUCUCUUUCUCUUUCCUCUCUCUCUCAUUCCUUCUCAACACUUCUUCAUUUCCAUUUCCUGAUUCAGAUUCCAACCCUUCAAACUUUCCCACCAAUACCCCUUUUUUCUUGUUCUUUUUCCUUAUACCAAAGGAUAAAAAUAACCCUUUUCGCUAUCACCCUCAUUGUCACCUAAGGUUUUCUCACACACCCAUCAUCUCUUUUUCUGAGAAACAGCAAAAGAGGGAUUUGGAUUCAGAGAAAAAGAUGAAGUACGUGUUGGUGACAGGUGGGGUUGUGAGUGGACUUGGGAAAGGAGUCACUGCAAGCAGUAUCGGUGUGCUCCUUCAGGCCUGUGGCUUUCGAGUUACUUCUAUCAAGAUUGAUCCCUAUCUGAACACUGAUGCAGGAACAAUGUCUCCUUUUGAACAUGGGGAAGUGUUUGUUUUAGAUGAUGGCGGUGAGGUUGACCUCGAUCUUGGAAACUAUGAACGUUUCCUGGACCUCAAAUUAACUCGUGACAAUAAUAUUACAACUGGAAAAAUUUACCAGUCUGUUAUUGCAAAGGAGAGAAGAGGAGAUUAUCUUGGCAAGACUGUGCAGGUUGUUCCACACAUUACUGAUGCCAUCCAAGAAUGGAUAGAGCGUGUGGCACAGAUACCAGUUGAUGGAAAAGAAGGCCCAGCUGAUGUUUGUGUCAUUGAGUUGGGUGGAACUAUUGGGGAUAUCGAGUCCAUGCCAUUUAUUGAAGCACUUGGCCAAUUUUCGUACCGUGUAGGCCCCGGAAACUUCUGUUUAGUUCAUGUCAGCUUGGUUCCUGUUCUCAAUGUUGUUGGUGAACAGAAAACAAAGCCAACUCAGCACAGUGUCCGUCAACUCAGAGGGUUAGGGUUGACUCCAAAUCUUCUUGCUUGUCGUAGUUCAAAGGAACUUGAUGACAAUGUCAAGGAAAAACUUUCUCAAUUUUGUCAUGUUCCGUCAUCAAGCAUACUCACUCUCUAUGAUGUUCCAAAUAUUUGGCACAUUCCUUUGCUGUUAAGAGACCAGAAGGCACAUGAGGCAAUCUUGAAAACGUUAAACCUCCGAGGUGUUGCUACGGAGCCCAAUUUUAAGGAGUGGAUUGCAACAACAAAAGUAUAUGACAAAUUUAAUGAAUCUGUUAGAAUUGCAAUGGUGGGAAAAUAUACAAAUCUUUCAGAUGCAUAUCUUUCUGUACUGAAGGCACUUUUGCAUGCUUCUGUUGCUUGCAACCGUAAGCUUGUUGUGGACUGGGUUCCUGCGGAAAAUCUUGAAGAUGAUACCUCUAAGGAGGAUCCUGAUGCACAUAAAUCUGCUUGGGCUCUUUUGAAGGGUGCUAAUGGGAUUCUAGUUCCAGGAGGAUUCGGUGAUAGAGGUGUGCAAGGAAAAAUUCUUGCUGCAAAGUACGCCCGAGAAAACAGUGUUCCAUUUCUAGGCAUUUGCUUGGGGAUGCAAAUUGCUGUCAUCGAGUUUUCAAGAUCUGUUCUGGGUCUUCAUGAUGCUAAUAGCACAGAAUUUGAUCCCAAAACUAAAAAUCCAUGUGUCAUAUUUAUGCCAGAAGGUUCAAAGACUCAUAUGGGGGGAACUAUGCGUCUCGGUUCAAGGAGAACUUACUUUCAUGUUGCUGACUGCAAAUCGGCCAAGUUGUAUGGCAAUGUACAAUUUGUUGAUGAGCGACAUCGGCAUCGAUAUGAGGUUAAUCCUGACUUGAUAUCACAACUUGAGAGUGCUGGUCUGUCUUUUGUUGGCAAAGAUGAAACAGGGAAGCGCAUGGAGAUAGUUGAAUUUCCUGGCCAUCCUUUCUUCAUUGGUGCUCAAUUUCACCCCGAGUUUAAGUCAAGACCAGGGAAACCUUCUCCAUUGUUCCUAGGGUUAAUAACAGCAGCAUGUGAUAAGGCAGUUGUGCCAGCAAGCAAAGGGUAUACCACAAAGAUAACAAAAGGGAUACUUGGUUCACACUCACCAAUGUUGAAAGCACACAAUGGAAAUGGGUUCAAGUCUCCCAAUAGUUCCUUAAAUGGUGUAUAUACAAGUACAACUGCAAAUGGGGUGUGUGUGGAUGGUAGCUGUUAAUCAACUUGGUUGUUUUUGCUUACAAAUAUGUGGGGUUUGAUUUUCUCCAGUGAGAAUUUUGUCCACGGGUUAGCUUGUACAGUUUUUAGUGGGCUUAGUAGUUCAUUAGGGAUUUUCUUUCUCCAGCAUAUCAAGCAAAUUUUGAGUCUUAACAGCUUUUCAUAUUUCCAACCAUAUAGGCCAAACCUUGUGGAUCAUACUUGUUCACAAUGAAUAUCAAAACAUGGUUGUUGCCUAUGAUUAUCAAUCUUCAUAAGGCACUUUAAUUUCCAUUCUGGUUUUGUUCUGUAGUUUUUGAAUGAAUAAUCGAGAGGGGUGAUCCUAUGUUCCAUGAUUCAUCAUGUCACACUUUGGAUUUCCUUGGGGAAAGAAUAAAAUUAGAGCAAAAUGUGUUUUUUAGAGACUUCA